CAGUAGUCAGUCCGCGAUUGGAUUCGAUGCCAAGCGGUCGGGUUGUUUCUCACCUAGUUGGUUGGAUUGACGUGCGCGCGCCCUCCCUUUCUGUAGUUGGUUACUUAUAUUUCGCCAGGCGAUGCUGCUGAUCUGCGGCCGUGUGUUGGACGGUUUUUUGAAUUUGAACCCAUAAAAUGCCGUAUGUCGUAUGCCGUUGCCAGACAAGUGUUUGACAAGUGGAAAACGCGGAAAUUGUGUUGCAGUCUGUCUCUGUAAAUUGCAUGCAUUCGUCGUUCGUCGAAUGGGGCGAUGUGAUCCAACAGGAUAUUUGCUAACCGUCAAGCAUUGCGUUGGUGUGAAUUUGGGCAACACGUGGCGCCUAUAAAAAUAGAUAACCGUUAGAGUAUGUAGAUGAUAAAACUUUGUGUAUAUCAGUGGCAAGAUAAUUUUCAAAUUGUAUCUAUUGUAUGUGAUCCUAAAAAUAUAAAAAAGCUGAAUCAACAAAUGUGCUGGCUCCGGCAUUAUUCGCUGCAAGUGUCGUUUAUUUAAAGAUUAGUUGAUAAGAAUAUAAGUGAAUAUGUUUAGUGGAUUGGAUAUUCGUCUCUCAAUUCAAUUUAUCAUCGGAACAGGCAUGGGGAUGCAAAUAAAGCUGCCGCAAGUCUAGAGCAAAAUUGCGUAUGUUGCGUCCCUGGAUCGAUGGAUAAGUAAUGAAGACACAUUAUUAGUCAAAGAAACCUGUUUCCGUGCGGUUUUUCGCCUAGGACGACAAUUUGCAACCGAGUCAAUGUGCGCCUAUAAACCACACAAUUUGCUUUCCAGCCGUCGUUGGUCAUCCGGCUAGGGGUCAGAACGCCUCCGUCAAGAUAAAGUGCAUAGCGUAAGGCCAAGCCACGUGCGGUUGUGCUUGUGAACGUGCGUGUAUGUGAUUAAUCCCACCAAAAGUAAACGAAAGAAAGAUGAUGGCAAAAUAAAUGAGCAUCAUUGGAGAGAUUAUAGCAACGGAAAAAAAACAAACAACAUGUUAAGAGUCGAGAAUGAAGCGGCAAGGAUUCAACAAGUUGCCCUGAUCCCUUGCCGGGCCAGGUCUUAUCUCCAAUGGAGUGGAAACUGAUUUGGACAUUAGCUUGAUGGUUUCAGAUCAACAGCCAGCAAGCAGCAGCUCCAAAAAGCCGCCCAAAAUUUGCACCAGCCAGAGAAAAAAAAAUAAAAUUCGACGUGGGCCCAAAAAUGCAACUAAAUCGAGGCUUGAUAGUGGCCCCGAAAAGUCGUAAGCGGUGAUUUUUUUCGGUUUUUUUUUUUUGGAUCGGCUCCAAAAAAACAGAGCUGGAAAGUAAACUAACAAACUCUAAGUGCCAAUCUGCGGGCGAAAUUAUCAUAAUGCGGUCACUUGAUAACGGCUAUCCUAAGUUUAGCCGCUUCUUCUUGAGCGAUAAUCAUCAUCAUCAUCAUCAACGGCUUGCAGUCGGAAGUUGUUCGGGUGAAGAUUUUCGCUUACAGCUUACACCCGAUGACUUGGGCCUCAUUUGUAGGCGUCCAUUGACUGGAACGAUUUCGACCUGGCCGUUAUUAGUGCUGCGAUAAUGAUUGGCGCGUGUCAAAAAAAUGCGAAAAAAAAUCGCUCUUCUGGAACGAAUUUUGAGAAAACCUUUGCCAAAACUGCGGGCGCGGUUCGCGAUCACACAUUUUCGACCGAUUCCUUGCUCAUCAAUGAGGCUGUAGAUCUGAAGCUUAAUCUGUGAAAUGUAAGAAAUAGAGGGAAAAAAUCGAUAUAAAAGUGCUCAAUGUGAUACCUGAAUCGUACAAAGAAAAAAAAAUCAAAAAAUCAAUUGAUGAAUGCGCGCGUGUUAUCGUGGGUGAUUCCGCUUAUUGAAGAAGCAGCAGCAAAGUUGAAGUGAACGUGAAUGUGUGUUAGGUUCUAAUUAAAAAUCAAAUCAUGCUCAGUUUAAUACGCACGUUGGUGCUAUCGGUAAUUCCAUUGCUAAGCUCAUCGAUUUGCCUGGUCGACUGUAAAUAUCACAACGCGGCAAGUAAUUCUAGCGGCGGCAACGCUCUGCAUUCCAGCGGAAUACAACAAACUCAUGGCGCAUCCUUGAACGGUGCCAUCACACCACCACCGCCGCCAGAAGCACCAUCGAAGGACCCCCCAGAAAACCGUCUGUUGCACUUCAACUCAUCGGAAAUUGACAUUUCCGUUUGGUGGGCCAGCCAAAGUUCCCUGAUACCUAAAAAUGUCCCCAUCGGCAAGCGAAGCAGCAACAACCCGGGAGGCACCCGCAAAAACCAUACAAUCAAAUUUGCCAUUCUGUUGCCGGAAAAGCCCUGCGGUGAGCGGGACAUCCGAGUGCUUUCGACGGUGCGACCGGUCAUUGACAUGGCCAAGAAUUUCGUGACCGGCCCCGACGGGUUCCUACCGAAUGUGGAAAUCCUAAUCGACUAUCGGAAUACCCUGUGCUCAUCCACUUACGGACCCAUCGGGGCAUUCGAGAUUAUUCUCAAUGGGAGGCCAGACGUGUUUUUCGGCACCACCAAUGACUACGUGACGGCACCCGUGGCUCGGUACAAUUCGGUCUGGGGCAUUCCCUUCAUAACGACGGCCGGCCUUUCGGAUGCAUUCAGUUUUACGGAGCAGUACUCGACGCUGAUCCGAAUGGCGGGUUCAUUUGCGCAAACUGGGACCGCCAUGAAAACGAUACUCGAUCAGUACAACUGGACGUACUAUGCGCUGAUCUGGCAGGAGCUGAAGCCGAGCCUUGGCAAGGGACAUUCGGAUUGCAGCAGGGCCAUGUACUCGGUUGAUGAGGCGCUGCGCAAGAAAAGUACCAUCGUGAAGGAAAUUGUCGAUGGGGAAAUGAAUGCCACCACCUAUCUGGAGCUGAUGGAGCAGGUCAAAAGCCGAUCGAGAAUUGUCAUCAUGUGUGCCAGCCCCACCACGAUCCGAGAAAUUAUGCUCGCAGCUGCAGAUCUCAACAUGGUUGAUAGCGGAGAAUACGUCUUUUUCAACAUCGACAUCUUUAGCAGCAUGGGCACCGGAAGCAAGGACCCGCCCUGGAUGGUGGAAAGCGACUCGCCGGAACGGAACCAGAAGGCCAAAAAUGCCUACACGGCGCUGCUGCAGGUAGUCGCGAGACAACCGGAAGACGAAGAGUACCGCCGAUUCUCCGAUGAGGUUAAAAACAUCACCAACACCCGCUUUAACUAUACCUACGAAGACGAUCAGCCGGUGUCGACGUUCGUGACGGCGUUCUACGACGCGGUUCUGCUGUACGCGUACGCUCUCAACGACAGUAUUACCCAGCUCGGGGAGGAGAAAGCUCUCAGACAACCCAUCAAUGGCACCUACAUGACCCACCUGAUGUGGAAGCGAACGUUCAAGGGCAUCACCGGCAAUGUCACGAUCGACGGCAAUGGGGAUCGUGUUUCGGACUAUUCACUGCUAGAUCUGGAUCCCGUCAGUGGGAAAUUUGAGAUAGUGGCAAACUAUUUCCAAGACGGAGGGCUGCAAUUCGUAGAAGGCAAGGAAAUCCAUUGGUCUGGGGGACGAUUGAAGGCACCACCGGAUCGUCCUGCCUGUGGCUUUGACAAUUCACUUUGUCCAGAUAAGUCUUUACCCGGCUAUGCCAUUUUAUCGCUGAUUCUCGGCGUGUGUGUGGUAUGUAUGGCGAUUGCCUCCAUUCUCGGCUAUCGGCACUACAAGUUGGAAGCGGAAAUAAAUUCCAUGACAUGGAAGGUGCAUCCGAGUGAAAUCGAGUCGAACAACCACCGAAGAGGCCCUCGGGGAAGCAUCUAUUCGAUUGCCAGACGGGGCAGCCAGGUUUCUAUCAACUCCGAGGACCUUAAUUCGUUGCCUGGGGAUAAGCAAAUCUACAUUCAGUGUGGAAACUACAAAGGUUGCAAAGUCGCAAUCAAGAAAAUCAACAUCAACAAUCUAAACCUAAAUCGGACGCUCAUGUUGGAAUUCAAACGCAUGAAAGACAUCCAGCAUGACCAUCUGGUGCGAUUCUACGGUGCCUGUCUGGAACCCUGCCCUGAGCCCUUUAUUCUAACUGAGUACUGCCCGAAGGGUUCCCUGCAGGACAUCCUAGAAAACGAAACUAUCAAAUUGGAUUUUAUGUUUAAGAUGUCGCUAAUGCAUGACAUUGUCAAGGGUAUGGCGUUCCUACAUUCCACGGAUCUUCACUCGCAUGGUUCCCUGAAGUCGUCAAACUGUGUGGUGGAUUCGAGGUUUGUGCUCAAAGUGACUGACUUCGGGUUGCACCAACUGCGUAGGCCGUUCGAAGAUCUAGAUCAAGAAAGUUACGCCUAUUGGAAAAAACUUCUUUGGACUGCACCAGAACUUUUGCGAGAUCCUAAUCGUCAUCCAGGGGGCACUCAAAAGGGUGACGUCUACUCAUUUGGGAUUAUUGUGCAGGAGAUCAUUUCCAGGCAGGGCCCAUUCUACAUAGGAGAGGAUGACAGAUCUCCAAGAGAAAUUGUAAAACUAGUCAGAUGCGGGCCGGAAAUCUACAACACUCCCUUCCGCCCCAAGGUCGAUGAAUACUCGUACGAGGACGUCAACAACUUCAUGGUCAAGUGUUGGGCCGAGGACCCCGCCGAACGGCCGGAUUUCAACCAGCUGAAAACAACUAUUAGAAAAAUCAACAAAGCACACGAAUCUGGUAAUAUAUUAGAUAAUCUAUUACAACGUAUGGAGCAGUACGCAAACAAUCUGGAAUCAUUGGUGGAAGAACGCACGCAAGACUACUUCGAGGAGAAGCGAAAGUGCGAAGAGCUCCUGUAUCAGUUGCUACCCAAAUCCGUGGCAGCACAACUGAUAGUGGGCAAAUCUGUGAUAGCCGAAACGUAUGAUCAAGUAACUAUUUAUUUUAGCGAUAUUGUCGGUUUUACGUCCAUUUCCGCCCAAAGCACACCGAUGCAGGUGGUGGACCUGCUCAACGAUCUCUACACCUGUUUCGACUCGAUCGUCGUCAACUAUGACGUCUAUAAGGUCGAAACCAUCGGCGAUGCUUACAUGGUGGUUUCCGGUCUGCCGGUGCGCAACGGGAAUCUUCACGCCCGGGAAAUCGCUCGACUGGCGCUGGCACUUUUGGCCGCCGUCUACAAGUUCACCAUCCGGCAUCGGCCCAACGAACAGCUCAAACUUCGAAUCGGAUUACACAGUGGUCCAUGCGUAGCCGGAGUGGUCGGAUUGAAAAUGCCCCGAUACUGUCUUUUCGGGGAUACCGUCAAUACCGCUUCGAGAAUGGAGUCCAAUGGAGAACCACUGAAAAUCCACAUAAGCAACAAUACCAAAUCGCUGCUAGAUACUUUCGGCACCUUUGAAAUGACAGAACGUGGCUUUGUUGAAAUGAAGGGUAAAGGUAAAAUGCUGACCUACUGGUUGACAGGAGAGAAAACCUUGGACCAGACCAAGGUACAGUCAGAAACUCAACCGAACGGCCUACAGGAAAAUGGGCCAUUGGCACUGCUUAACGGAACUCCUCCUGUCGGAAUCCUAAAUAACAACAACAAUAGUAAUAUGUACAGUUUGAACAGCGCAACGAAUGGACAGGCUAGCAAAAAGCUCAACAACGUGUCGUACAAUUUUCUCAAAUCGAACAGCACGAAGAAUGUGGCCCUUAACUCCAAGAGUCCCCGAUUGAGCCUGGGAGGCGAAGAAACGAUCCGUGGAGUGACGCAACCUCUUUUGACACAAAUUAACUGAUAUUCUCUUAAUCGAAAACAGCGUGAACUCAUGCAGCAUAUUUAGUACCUAGAGCUAGAGAACUACAUAGAAAGUACACUUUUGUAUUAGAGGCAACUUGAUUACAGGAAGAACGAAUAGAUUGUUCGGGCAAUAAAACUAUGAUGAGAAAAUGCAUUUUUGUGGAAAUAUACCAAAACUUAACUAUAAUGGACAUCGUUUGCAAACCCUUUUUGUACUUACUACAUAAUAUCCAUACACACACACACGUUUGUGAUCUUCUUGUUAGUCAUAUAUAGUCAUCGGAACAAAAGAAAAGAAAAACAGCAGACUGUCAAAUGUACGCUCCUUAAAGCCAAAUUACCGUAACAUUCAGAGAGCAAAGAAAAAACAUGGAAAAUGAAUUUAACUUUAGCCGUUUCAAAUAUGAGAGAAUAUAUCAGAAACAGAUCCAACAGAGAUUUUAUCGAGUUUACCUAAAUCUGUAAUAAAUAUGUGGAUGUUAAAAAUGUUCAACAUUGUUCUGUCAGUAAAAGUAUGUAAAUGUAAUCCAGUCCAAGCAAAACUAUUUACAAAAAUC